AUGACUAAUAUUUCGUCUGAAGUUCGUAAUUAUUUCAAACUGGAAUUAUUAAUCUCACGUUCAUGUAACACACUGCGUAACUUGUUUAAAGCCCGUUAUUCAUUAUUCAACAAUGGCCAAGCAUGGGCCGAGUCACCAACAUGUGGAAACAGUUAUUUGACAAAUGUUGUUGCCAAGAAUAAAAAUAUUAACUUAACACCUGCACAAAAGACAUCAGUUUCGAAGGGAAAUACAGAUGAGUGGGAUAUAUCAACUUUAUGUUCGAUUUUAUUGUUUAGUAAACGUCCACAAACUUUGAAUGCGAAUGAAGAACAACAACUCGAUGAAGAAAAUAAACUUGUAGCACAGUUAAGAGAUGCAAGAAAUAAAUUAGUUCAUCAUUCAUCGAAAUCUAUUCAUAAUCAAGAAUUCAAUCAGUUAUGGAUUGAUAUAUCAACAAUUUUAGUGACAUUUGGUGAUAUAGAAACUGAAUUAGCUAAAUUGAAAGAAGAUAGCAUCUUUGAUUCACCCAAACAAGUUAUCAAUGAAGAGAAUACAAAUGAAGCAUUGCGUUUAAAGUCAUUGGGCAACGAAGCUUAUGAUAAUGAAGAUUAUUCUGAAGCAAUCAAAUUCUUUAUCAAAGCGACAGUUUUACCAGGUGUUUCAGAUCAUGAUCGUGCUAUUUUUUUUCGAAUAUGGCGGCAAGUCGAGUUAGAUCGUGCUCUAAAGGAUGCCAAACAGGCAAGAAAACUUUGGUUAACAUGGUGGAAAGCACAUUAUCGUGUUGGACAAGUCUAUGCGGUUUUAGAUGAUCAUGAAAAGGCCAUUAAUUCGUUUGAACGAGCAUUUGCACUUGAUCCGACAAAGCAAGAAAUACAAACAGCGAUGGAUGAAAGUCGGAUAAUGGUUCAUCGAGAUUCACAACAAGAAGAUCUCGAUCUAUGCGCGAAUUGGAAGCCAAUGCAUGAAUGUCCAGAUGCAGAAAUGAUAAGAAAAAAUAAAGAUUUACUCGCACUAAUAGAUCCAUCAGUGGCUGAUGUAACGAAAGGACAUCAGUUUGCACUUGGAGACAUUGAUAUUAUUCAAGAUUACGAGCAAGCCGCGAAAUAUUUUGCCAAAGCAGCAAAUGCAGACAAUGCUGAAGGAAUGUAUAACUUAGCUCGAUUAUUCGAUAAAGGUUUAGGUGUGAAAAAAGAUCA